GCGGACUCCUUGCCGGAACUCUCUUUUGUAUAUGGGCAUGCUUCCAACACAAUCAUGAUUUCAACAGACACCUCUCGCUCCAUCGUGAACGCGCUCGAUGGCAUUGCCAUUACUAUGGGAAAUGUACUCCCUGCACUGCAUCAAAUGAUGCGUAAUCUCCAUGCUGUGUUAUGCAUUUACUAGUCAUCUACGCGGCCAAAGCCGGAUCACCUUCCCUGAUACUCCUCGCUGUCACAGCAGGAUCCAAUCCUGGCUGCUGCAGCAACUCAAUAGUAGUACAGCGCGUACCAAAAUGAGCCCGCCGGCGAAUGUUCGCUUUGCAAAGGUUGUGCUCUUCAGCCACCGCUUCUCACACCUAUUCGGAUUGGAACCAAGUCUGUUCCCUCUGCUCUCCACAAUUUUAUAUUACCUUUCUGCCUCCGGGCGGCUGCAGCACACAUACAUUGAAUGUCACUCUGGAAUAAUAGCACAGUCUGGCCGAUUAACGGACCAUCCACGGAACCCGAUGGCAGGCAGUUGCGCAAGCAAACAGAUCGACUUCGAAAUAGCGAUUGAUCAGAUCAGGCAUGGUGAGCUGACAUGACAUGAGCGCUUUUCGGUGUGGCCAGCCCGAAGGGAUUUCCGCAAUCACCCUCGUCGGUGUGCAAAAUGUGCAUGUCAAACAAUGGUCGACGCUUAUGCAAUUCGUUCAAAGACCCGGAUCAUGUGGGGACAGCACACUGAUUAACUCACUUUGGUCAAUCGACUUGAGAUGAUUGCUGGUCGACGCUUUCUACGCAUGCGCAAGCGAGAGUGAUUAAUGUUCAUCACAGCAGCUGAUCUAUUCAUCCAUGCAGA